CGGAGAGCAGCUGGCAACUUCGCGUCGCUCCCCAAGUCUCGCGAUCUCCGCGGCUUUUAUAAGGCCGGCUUUGUAGAAGCCGGGCCGCUUACCUCUGUUUCUAGCCGAGGUCCGUUUGGGUCUGGGCUCUACUUGCGUCAUGGCCUCGGUUCGCCCCGUGCUUCGGCGCUUAGGGAGUGACGGGGGCCUGGAGCCUUGUUAGUUUCAGGUUCCUGUCCGUGGCGGAGCCUCGGGCUGCGGACGGUCUCCUCCCCCCCCCUUUUCCUCUAUUCCCCCCUCUCCACGGAAACCCAGCUGUCUGUAGAGCCUCUGCAUGAGAGCUGCUUGGGACUCUUGGCUAGCUCAUCACUUAGCUGCAGAAUGUUCCCUUUUGACGUCUUUGUCUUAUCUGCGUAACUUCCAUAGACUUUCACUGUGGGAAUCAGUUCUGGAUAUCUAUCUAAAGAAACACCUGGAUCACAGUCUUUCAUGGCAUCUUCCAAAGAGCCAGAUGUGCCUGCUAUUGAGCACAGUACAGGUGGGCUUCUAGGCAAGAUGUCUUUGCCAAUUGGAAUGCAUCGUCGGGCAUUCAGUUAUGAUGAUGUCCUGGAGGAUCCCACACCGAUGACUCCGCCUUCAUCUGACAUGUGCAGUAAGGUUCUGUGGAAAAAGCCGGUCAUCCCAGAUCGGAAGUACCAACAGCUUUCCAAGGUUGAGGAAGGAGAAAAUAGUUUCUCUGUAACCCCCUCAGCUUCCAGUGACCAAAUGAACAAGGCCCCAGUGGUGAAGGCCAAGGCUACGCACGUCAUCAUGAAUUCUCUAAUUACAAAAGAGACGCAAGAGAGCAUUCAGCGCUUUGAGCAGCAGGCAGGGUUGACAGAAGCAGGAUACACUCCACAUAAAGGCCUCACCACAGAAGAAACCAAGUACCACCGUGUGGCAGAGGCAGUGCAUAAAUUGAAGUUACAAAAUGGAGAAAUGACAAAAGAAGAUAGACUGAUUGCUUCAACCCAGUCUUCUCCAAGUAAUACACCCCAUUCUUCUCCCAAGCAAAAGCCCAGAGGCUGGUUUACUCAUGGAUCUUCUACUUCCUUACCUGGCCUAGAUGUCAGCAGCAUGGACUCUGGAAAUGGAGAUAGAGACAAACCCUCAUCUGAAAAAUGGAGCCUUUUUGGACCAAGAGCCCUUCAGAAAUCUGACUCAGGUUUCAGUGUCCAGUCCUACAGAGGUACUCAGAAGCCAUCACCAAUGGAGCUCAUUCGGGUUCAGGCUACUAGAAUUGCAGAAGACCCAGCAGCCUUCAAGCCACCUAAGAUGGACCUUCCAGUGAUUGAAGGAAAGAAACAACCUCCACGAACCCAUAACAUCAAACCAAGAGACAUGAAUGUGUUGACUCCUACAGGGUUCUAAAGCUCCCGCUUCCUAUGAGCAAAGUUGUUUUCCCUGGCAAACCCACUGUUAUGUAGAGAGUUCUUAGACUUUUCUUUCUUCCUGUCCACCUUGCACUUGACAUAGGAAAGAUGUCCAUUUACAAUUCUGCUGAGGACAGUAUUCCUGGGGAGGUAGUGAUUGUUUCUUUAAAUAUUUGUGCAAAGCUUGCUUCUUUCUAAUGCAGGAAGACCUAUUCUGUAAUGUCCCAAAGCUGGUCUGAAUGACUUCUCAAAGUAUAGCUGACUACGGCCAAUUACUGAUCUAUAGAACUAGAUUGCAGGGGGCAAGGGAAAUAAUUAAAAUCUAGUAGACUUUGUUCUGCAUAUUUUAUCCAAGAUAAAUAUUUGUUUGGUGCUUCUUUUCUUUGAUAAAGAACAUUCCUAUUUUCCAUCUUAGUUGCUGGAGCUAACAGCUUCUUAGAGAAAGCUGCUACUCUAGAAUCAAGGCACUGGUUCAGGAACCCUGUUUCCUGGUUCCUUCCUGGCCAAGAUUAGAGAGGCAGUAGUCUAACAGGAAAGGUCUGUUGGAAGUGGAGACUGCUCUUGUCUUGUGACAUUUAUGUAAAAGAUAAUUAAAAGGUAUUAGUUCUUUAGUUAAGGGCUUGAAGCAGAAGAUUUGGUCUGCUCUGCCCGACCAGUGGACUUUUCGGGAAGACUGAACGAACACUAAGGAUUGUGGUUUGUUGCUGAAUGAUGAAAUCAUUGCCGCCUCCAAUAGAUGAAUAAGUGGUCUUUGUUCAUUUUAGCAAUAGGUACCACACUAAGCUCAGAGACUAACAACUGAUUCUGUUAAAUUCCUAAGGGAGAUUUUGUGCAGUGUUUUGUGCUAUAGAGGAAGAGCUGAAAUAAUUUAUUUUUUAAAAACUCAAGGAAGCUCAGUAUAGUCUAGAGUGAUCUGAGGUAAGUCAUUUUGUGACUUUUAACUUCCUCCCCAAGUAUUGGCCUGAAUUCUGUCUUAUUAGAAAAGGAUGAACUGCUGGGAGAAAUAAAAGCUUUUCUCUUUGAGAACUUUAAACACGAAA